AUGGUUGACUGUCCAGGGAAAUUGUGUAAACCACUUCACAUUGACAAUGCACAAAUUACCCACAAUGAAAAGAACAUUUACAGGCUCGAUGAACAUGUUCGGUAUACAUGCAGGAACGAUGCCCAAAGAGAUUUUAUUGUUACCUGUGAGGAAAGAGGCUGGACUGGGAUAAAGAACUGUUCAGAAUGUCAAGCCGCUGACGAACCACAUGGAAUUGUAGCUGGUCCAUACAAUGACACACUGUACUACAGCUGCAAAAUAGGUUACAAACUUUCUACCAAAGGCUGGUGGGUUGAGGCCAAAUGUACUGAUGGCGUGUGGUCUGGAUUUAAAGGUUGCAUCGCUAAUACGAUGUGUGGAAACGUUCCUGAGAUUCCUAAUGGAAGAGUGACACCAUGUGAGAAAUCUAAAGAUGCCCAGAUUACUUGUGAAGAUGGAUACCACGCACAGGUUACCAGUUUAACCUGUCACGAUGGAAAAUGGCUUUCAGAGGGAGUCUCCCCCGAAACAUUCUGUAAACUAACUGCCGUUUCUUGCAACCCCCCACGAAAAGUUGACAAUGCUUUAAUUGUGGAUUCAUAUCAGAAGGAAUACUUGUCUGACUCCACAGUAACAUAUCAGUGCCGUGAUAAGUAUAUUAUAUUGGAUCAUGAAGAUACAAUUCAGUGCAAAGAGGGCCAAUGGGAGGAGAAAAACAUUAUGUGCACACCAUACUGUGACAAGCUCAAAGAUGAGUCAAUUAACUUCACCGCAGACAAAGAAAGAUAUAUGGAUGGGGAUGUCAUUGAGUAUCAAUGUGUCUUAUAUGGAAUUGAAGGCAAUGCAACAUGUAACAAUACUGAGUGGAAUAAAUCAGAAGACUGUAAAGGUAAGGAGAAGUGUAAGUGA